CGUUGCAGAAAUACAUCCUGCGGCGAGACCAGGAGUCCCGGUCCCCAGCGUCGUCACAGGCUGGGUCUUCGCAGGCUGUCCCCACGCAACUUGCGCCCUCUCGGCCUGCUUCCCCUCGGCCUGGGACCUCGCAGCCGUCCCCGACCCCUGCGCGGUCGCCACUGGCGAGCAGCCUCCAUUUGCGUCCGAGGACGCCGAAGGUCGUGCCUCGUGCACCUUCAGCUCAAGGGGUGUCCAAGCGCCAGCCAGCUUCGCCUGCCUUCUGGGAGGAGGUCACAGAUACGGAGCUGGUUGCCAUCUGCGACGUAGCCCCUCCCACUAACGACUGAGUUCCUUGAACGUGGUAAGCCGGUCCUGUACAGUUCCCUCAUGUCCAACAGCGCUCCCAACCGACGGCUGAACCGGCAAAGCAGCCUUCGCAACCAGCACAGAGUGCUGAGGUGCUUCUUCUUGAAGCAUGGAAGCAGUCGCUGCCCAAGGAGCAGCACGAGUGGAUCGCCAGGGCACUGUUCAUCAGGAACAGGAUUGGGAAGCUGGAGCUGACCUCGGACCUGCGUCUGUGGUGGUUCCCUCCCCAGCCCCGGCUGAUCCACAAUCAGCCUCCAGCAUCGCCAGGCCCCUUCUUCUGCCGUCCUCUGUUUCUCUGGAUGCCCGACAGCAUGUGGGCAUUCAAGCUGACGUGCACCCAGCCCGAGUGCCUCGGCCACAAGCUGACUGGCGCCGGGCUGUACAAGACCGUCCGGAGGGUCUUGAGCAUUGACGGUUGGUACGACAUGGCCACGGAGUACCUGGAGUGCCGUCAGUGCAAGAAGAAGGUGGCUGGCUGGUCCGGUCAUGUGCUGAAUCAGCUGGAUCCAGCUCAUCGGAGCCUCUUCCCGGCGAUUCUCACGUACCGGCUGUCUUGCGACAUGAGGGUGCUGAGGCUGAUGCGGGAGCGCACUCUGGGAAAUAGUGCCACCCAGCUGUACAAUACGCUGUGCGAACAGCACAGCGAGGCCUGGAUGCAGCGGUCCCUGCAGUACCUCGCCGAGUUCGAGCCCUUCCUGGCCCAGGGCAUUGUGCAGCCCAACAUCAUCGCACCCCCUCCCAUGCUGCCGGUGCCCAGACCCCGAUGGCUGCUGAGAGUGUACGGCUACGAUGUCCUCUCGCGGCUUGAAGAGGUCAAGGCCAGGGUCACCUCCACGUUCGGGUCCAUCCUGAAAAUGGACUCGACCAAGAAGGUGACAAAGAAGCUCGCGGGUGCUGCUGCCGGCACGGCUGCCUGGUCCACCAACGUGGGGAACGAGUUUGGGCAGGUCCUCAUGUCCGUGCUGACCUCGCACAAGGGUGAGGGCCUGCUCCCCAUGGCUAGCGGGCUGAUGCAGCGGUACCAGAAAGCCGACGAGGCUCCCCCUAAGCUCCUCUACGUGGACCGCGACUGCUGCUCCCUCGGCGGGGUGUCGAAGGCUGCUGCCAUGUUCCCGGAGUGGGACCAGCUGGUCGUCCGGCUCGACGUGUGGCACCUGAUGCGCCGGUUCGCAGCAGGCUGCACCACGGAGAGCCACCAGCUGUACGGCACCUUCAUGGGGCGGCUGUCUGCCUCCAUCUUUCAGUGGGCCGAGGAGGACGUUGCCCUGCUGAUGGAGGCCAAGCGGUCGGAGCUCGAGGGGAAGCAGCGGGUGUUCGGCCUGACGGACGCCGAGGUCUCGAGCCGCAUCUCCAAGAAGGAGCUGGCUCUCCACUGUCGCCGCCGGACUCGGGGAGCGGAGGAGACUGCACGGCUCUUGGAGGAGCUGAUUGAGACCUUCGACGACGAAAAGGGUCUGGACACGAUGGGCAUCCCGCUGCUGGACCACGACCGCAUCCAGGCCAUCUGGCUGGUGCAGAGACGUCACCUCCACUGCAUCCAGGACCCCCCAGGUGUACAGCUGUACACCAAGAUUGGGCAGCUCAAGAAGGGAGGCGUGACGCUGCCGGUCUAUCGCUGCGCGCGCGGGUCGACUUCCUUGAAGUCUUUCCAUCUCCACCUCAACCACUUCAUCCCAGGUACCAGUGCAAGUGCCAUGCACUUUCAGACGUACCUGCUGGAGGGGCUGGUGAGGUGGAAUGAGGACCGCGCCGCAGCUGCAGUGGAGGGACCAAGACAGAUCCUGCACAGCUACAGUGGCUCCCUGCAGCACGCCCUCAACAGAUUGAGCCAGAAACUUCUUGGCUGCUGUCUGGUUGAGGAUUUCACCAAGCCUGGCGAGUACACAGGCGAGCUCAUUGGAGUUGAGUACCUGUACUCGCAGACAGGCAGCGUGCUGCAGGCCGUCGACUUGGACCCGGACGCUCCGGACGAGGCUGCAGAUGAGGAUCUAGACGUUGAGGAUGAGGAGUUUGAGGAUGACGUGGACGACGAGGUCGAGGACCCCACCAUCCCUGGCCUCGUUCACCCGCUGGCAGUGCCAUCCGCGCCCCAAGUCUCAGUCGUUCCGGUCCUGUCGGCAGUCCGGUCCGGUCAAGUCGACGUUUUGUGGCCUUCGUUGCCCCGGAAACGCCAGCGCCAGGCGUCUCCCCGGACGUCUCCUCGGGCGUCUCCCCGGACGUCUCCUCAGGCGUCUCCUCGAGCUCUCACUCCUGCUGGUUCACCUGUGAGAGAUCCUGAGGAGUCAUAUGGACCUGAUGGUGCCCCCGGUUACCAGCACGUCCAGCGCCUGGCCAGCAGUCUGGUGAGCCUGCGUGGCUUGGCCUGUCUGACGGAGCAGAAGGUAGAUGAGCUGAUUCAGCUGUGGAGUCUCCUCCCCGAGGGAGAUAAGCAGCGUCUCACCUACCCUGCCCGUCACCAGGACAGGCUGAUUCAGGGGCGAUUCAAGGCAACGAAGGCCACCUCUGUCACCCCGGGCACGGACAGCCUGAAACGGUGCCUGUUUGGACAGGGCUCGGGACCGUCCCAGUGGCCACAGACGAGCAGACUCGUCAAGGCCAUCUGCAUCCAGCUCUGCCGCCUCCACCCAUCUCCCACCAAGUCCAAAGGUGUGAGGACUUCCCGGUGGGCGGCUAUCCUCGAUGACUACUCCAAAGUCCGAGAGCUGGUGCUGGGCAGCCCGAGGCUCAUGGAGAAGACCACCCUCCAGCUGUUCGAGUUGAAUCAGCACACCCUUUCUCAAUGGCACAACAAACGGCAGAAGGGGCAGGAGCAGGCUGUUCUUCAACAGGGGGUGGUACCUCCUAGCGCCAGCGCAGUGGACCCAGAGCCUCAACCGCAGCCGCGCCCGCUGCUACAGGAGGGCAUGACAUACGGACACCAGCCGUAUGUCUUUCCAUGCCCCCCAAACACUGCGGGUCAGGCAAAGCAGCGGAAACGCCCUGGGGCCACGGCGCAGACCGCAGUCCUGGGCCACUCGGCCACCCCUGCACCACAUCCCACUUCAUCUCCUUGCACCUCUUCAGCUGCUGGUGCUGCUGCUGCUGCUCCUCCCGUGCCCAGGACCACCAGCUGGCGACACAAGAAGAGGGCAGAGGAGGAGGAGGGGUGCUCCAACACCAGGAAGAGAAAGUAUGAGCGGAAGAGAGCAGAGAACUUGUGUUCUCUGUGCGGACAGCCAAAGCGGAAGGAGUUCGGCCACAGCCGCUUUGGCAACGUUGCCUUCUGCUCUGCUUCCUCGGGCAAAACUGUGGAGCAGUGGUUGGCUGAAAUGCGUGCCAAGAAGAAAUAAGUCCUCCCCCCCCCCCCCUUUUUUAUUUUCUCCCAGUUUUUACAGUUUCUCAUUAUUGUAAAUUAUUCAUAAUUAUUUUAAGAAUUAUUUUUUUUGUCUCACAACUGCAACUUGCCCAUAUUGACUCAGGAGAGAUGAAGGCAAGCACUCCCUUUUUUUAAAAAUAUUUUUUAUGGUGGUUCAUUGUUUUUUUUCUGUUUUGUGUUCUAAUGUACCCCAUCAAACCUAUAUAGCAUUUCAUUCAGCACAAGUUGGACUUUCCUCUGGUCAAAGCUCCUACGUGUAAAGCUGAUUGCAAUAUUGAACCACAAGUUAAUGUAAACGCUAAAAUGCAUAUAUUAUAAUCUGUUUUGUUUGCUAUGUUGAAAGCUGUAUUGUUGAAUUUGUCUUUCAAUGCAAUUAAAUAUUUCUAGUAUGUUAUUCAUAUAUUGCACUACCUGGUCCACUGUUUAAAAAGUAUCAGUAUCUGUGGACAUCACUUUUCUCAUAAACACGUUGGGUUUACCACUAUGUCCUUGGAUGUUAGCCUGAUGUAAUCAAGACAGCCAGACAGGUGGGGGUGAAACACUGAACACUGAAACAAAAGAUCAUCUUGCUGGUUGCAUGAGAGAUGCCUUUAAUUUCUAUUCAUUCAAUGUAACAAAAUAAUUUCCUGUAAUAUACAUGUAUGUAAUAAUUUGUAUGCAUUCAAUGUAACAGAAUAAUUUCCUCUAAUACAUAUAUAUGUAAUUGUUUGGUGUGGAUUUAAACACUGAAAUGCAUAUAUUCUAAUCAGUUUUGUUCCAGAUGUACCUGUUUUGUUUACUAUGUUGAAAACUAUAUUGUGUUUCAAUGCAAUUAAAUAUUUCUAGUUUACAACAAGUGUGGUAUUCAUAUUUCAUACUACCUGCUCCACUGUUUAAAAAGUAUCGGUAUCUCUGGACAUCACUUUUCUCAUAAACACCUGCACUGAACAUUGAAAUAAAAGUUGUAUACCUAUUGCACGAGAUAUGCCUUUAAAUUCAUGCAAUGUAACAGAACAAUGUCCUGUAGUAAAUUGUAUGUAAUUGCCUGGUGUGGAUUUAAUGCAUUUUUCAUCUGUGGUUUUAUCUUUUUUUUUUUUUUUU